UUUGGCAUGAACAGUGUAACUGAGAGCACUCACUGCCUCGGGCAAGACAGCUCGAUCGGCCGUCUCUGAUGUCAUUUCCCCCCCACCAACCGCUCGCUGUUCCUCUGGUGUAGGAAGCACGCGCCUGCACACAAUAUGUGCUCCCUGUCCGAACUCUACAGGCAGGUGGUGAAGGCGGAGUGGUGUGGGCUAAGGUAGAAGGAGAGGCAGGCUGCCAGAGCACGGAGGUGGGGUGGAGGAGCGAGAGAGAGAAAGAGCAAACCAACCCAGUUUCUAAAGCCAAAGGCCGGCUCUUGGGGCAGGCGGCGCAUCAGAGAGUGUGGGCGAGAGGAUACAGUUUGGAGAAGCCACAGUGGGAAAGAGGUGGAGGGAGCAUACGAGAGCGAGAGACAGAUAACAGCGCAGAGAUCGAGGGAGGGAGAUGUAGAAUGGGAGAGAGGUAGAGAUAGGGAACAGGAGAGGGAAGCUGGGAGACGGGGCAGAGGAGAGAGGGAUAGAGAGAUCGGGAAUAGGAGAAGGAGAGGGAUAGAUACAGAGAACAGGAGAGAGGUAUUGAGGGAUGGGUGAGAGGGAUUGAGGGAUGGGGGAGAGGAAUUGAGGGAUAGGGAGAGAGGGAUAAAGACAGAGCAGCAGAGGGAGUUUGAGGGACAGAGAGAGAGCGAUAGGGAGCAGAAGAGAUGGAUUGAAGGACAGGGAGAGAGAGAUUGAGGGACAGGGAGGGAGAAAUCCAAAGGAACAUUGCGACUGUGGAGACGCUGAUUUGGAAAGAGUUGGGUUGACUGCGAUACAGUUGGAUGAAGCAGUGCAGGCUAUGGAGAGAGCUCUGUACUUGACCACUGGCUGUCAGAUGGGAGCGCAGUCAGAAAUGUGACAGGGAGAUCUGAUUGGAUUCGGCCCAGAAGUGAGUGAGCCCCGUCACCCAAACAUACAAACCUCAGCGUGGAGGGUCACUCAGCCUGGAGGAGGAUGCAGACCCCGCGGGGAGCCAGCCUGCUGGCUGUGUGUCUCUGUCUGCUGGCCGUCAGUGUCGGAGAGAAGGUCUACCACAGCCGGGACCACUCGGACAUUCAGGAAAGGGCGUGGACACGGGCCCGGCCCGUAUUGACCACAAAGUCAGCACAGGAAUACCUGGAUAAGUACGGCUGGACAGAGCCAGUGAACUGGGAGGACCUGGCGUACCAAGGGGUCUCGGUGCCACUGGACGAUGACCCAUCCCCGCUGGAUAUCUCGGGCCUCCUCCUGGAGGGCCACUACAGCCGGAGGCACGUGAAGGAACAGGAACAGUCCCAGCAGAUGCUGGGAAAGUACACCAGCGCCUUGCUCCGAUUCCAAACCGCCAACGGCAUCCCUGUCACCGGAAUCCUGGAUGCAGCCACCAAGGAGGCGAUGAACCUGCCCCGAUGCGGAGUACCCGAUCACAAGGCCCAUGACAAUGGCACCGAGGGCCCAAACGGCACGGCAGGGGGCAACGCUGACUGGCUCCUCGGGUACCGCGACACCACCGCAGCCCCUGGGGUGAGCCGGCCCGUGGACGUAGAGACGGCCCGGCCGGGAGUCAUGGCCAGGCACCUGCUGCCCAGGGCCGGCGAUGCCCCGCGCAGCCCGACGGAGGACACCAGCUCAGAGCAGCUGGCCAAGUCGGAGCGGGUGCGGGCGGAGGCGGCGUCCGAUCACAGCGGCUCGGCGGACCCCGGCGCGGGUCAAAGGCCGCGUUUCAUCCAAUGGCUGGUGGACGGCCUGCGGAAAAAGAGGCGCUCCUCCGACCUGCUGGACAGCAGCCUGCCCACGCUGGCCUUCAGCAAGACCAGGCUCAAAUGGCGCAUCCUGGACGAGGGCUACAGCUCCCAGCUGACCAUCGACGACCAGAAAACCAUCCUGAGGCUGGCCUUCCGCAUGUGGAGCGAGGUCACCCCCCUCAUGUUCGAAGAGGACCUGACAUCACCCGCCUCCGAAAUAGACAUCAGGCUGGGCUUCGGAACAAAGAGGCACCUGGGCUGCUCCCAGGUGUUUGACGGGACGGGGCAGGAGUAUGCCCACGCCUGGCGCCUGGGCGAUGUGCAUUUUGACGACGACGAGCAUUUUGUGACGCCCUCGAGCAGCGAGGGUAUCAGCUUACUGACGGUGGCUGUCCAUGAGAUUGGCCACGUGCUGGGUCUCCCACACAUCAGACGGCCGGGCUCCAUUAUGCACCCAAACUACAUUCCACAGGACUCCAAGGACCUGGAGCUCGACUGGUAUGAUCGCAAGGCCAUUCAACAAAUCUACGGGGUUUGCGAGGGGAGCUUCAGCACGGUGUUUGACUGGGUGCGCCGGGAGGAGAACGAGUUUGGGGAGGCCAGGUACCGCUUUAACACCUACUUCCUGCGCCACGGCUGGUACUGGAUGUACGAAAACCGCUUCAACAGGACCCGGUACGGGGACCCCAUCCCACUGGUGGUGGGGUGGAGAGGUUUACCCUCCUCCGACAUCGACGGCUUCGUCCACAUCUGGACCUGGAACAAGGACGUCACCCUCUUCUUCAAAGGCACCAUUUACUGGCAAUAUGAUAAUGACAACGACAGAGUCUACACUGAGGACCCCCAGGGGAACCGCUACCCACGGGCGAUCUCUCAUGGCUUCCCUGGGAUUGAAGGUCCCAUUGACAGCACCUAUUUCGACAAAAGGGAUCACUGUGUGUACUUCUUCAAAGGCUUUUAUGUGACUGCGUUCAAUGUGGAUCUGAACAGCACGGUGCCUGGGUACCCGCGGAGGAUCGUGGAUGUCUUCCCGGCUGUGGUGAAGGGGAACCACCCGGGGGGGAACGUGGAUGCGGUGUAUUUCUCGUACACACACACCUCAGUGUUUGUCUUCAAGGACACAGUGUACUGGAAGGUGGUCAAUGAGCGAGAUCGAGAGCUGAAUGCAUCACUGCCCCUCAACGGCCUCCUGCCUCAGGGCCGUGUCUCUGACCAUUGGUAUGACAUCUGUGAGGUGGAUGGUUUGAGAAGCCCUGGGCAUUAGUAGCUGAGCAAACACCGACCCCACUCACUGUGUCUCUGGGCGUACUAACAGCCCGGGCACCACCGUCUGGGAACCUCUGACCUUUCACCCCUGCCUUCCGGCAGUGCGUCCACCUUCCCGGCCACUCCUUGUCCAGCUCCUCCCCGCUCUCCGACAGCAGGCCCACAUCUCCUCACCGACUCACCCAUCAGAGCUCGAACAAUGAACCUCCCUGCCCUGAGCUCAGGGCCAUCUGCUCAGGACCCAUCAGCCAUCGGUCACCGAGACACCGUCCUCCAAAAAUCACUCAAUAUGACAGCGCAACUCUGUCUGACCCCGUGCUGUCCCUGCCCUGGGAGUGUUUGAUGGGGACAGUGUAGAGAGAGCUUUACUCUGCAUCUAACCCCCUGCUGUCCCUGUUCCUGCAAGUGUCUGAUGGGGGACAGUGUAGAGAGAGCUUUACUCUGUAACUAACCCCGUGCUGUCCCUGUUCCUGCAAGUGUCUGAUGGGGGACAGUGUAGAGAGAGCUUUACUCUGCAUCUAACCCCGUGCUGUCCCUGUUCCUGCAAGUGUCUGAUGGGGGACAGUGUAGAGAGAGCUUUACUCUGUAACUAACCCCGUGCUGUCCCCAGUCCUGGGAGUGUUUGAUGGGGACAGUGUAGAGAGAGCUUUACUCUGUAUCUAACCCCGUGCUGUCCCUGUGCUGGGAAUGUUUGAUGGGGACAGUGUUGAGGGAGCAUUACUCUAUAUCUAACCCCAUGCUAUCCCUGUCCUGGGAGUGUUUGAUGGGGACAGUGUAGAGGAAGCUUUACUCUGUAUCUAAACCCAUGCUUCCCCUGCACUGGGAGUGUUUGAUGGGGACAGUGUAGAGGGAGCUUUACUCUGUAUCAAACCCCGUGCUGUCCCUGUGCUGGGAGUGUUUGAUGGGGGACAGUGUGGAGGGAGCUUUACUCUAUAUCAAAUCCAUGCUAUCCCUGUCCUGGGAGUGUUUGAUGGGGACAGUGUAGAGGAAGCUUUACUCUUUUGAACACUUUGUGACGCACUGAGAGAGUGAGAUUGAGAGCGAGGGUACACAGGAAAUGUAAGCAAUGGGAACAAGUCCGAUAAAUGGUCCUCGGUUACAGCCAAUUCCUCCUGUAAAUUGAUCCACCUCUAGGUCUUUCACAGUUUCCUGGGAGCGUUGGCGGAAGUGGGCCUGGGCUUUAGGGAUUGCCCUGAGAGGGAUUGUCUCAAUUUGAGAGGUGGCCUGGUGGGACUGUACCGGGUGACUGUACAAGGCUGU